AUGUCAACAACUGAAAGCAGAAGGCUGUCCGAUGACUAUGAAGUUGCGGAUGUCCUUGGCCGAGGCGGUUUUUCCAUAGUCAGAAGAGGUGUGAGCAAGUCUGAUGAUGGAAAGACCCAGGUCGCAAUAAAGACUCUCCGAAGGCUCGGCCCUGCGAUGAUGGGGAUGCAGCAGGGGUCAAAGGGCGCGCCGAGCUCGGGCGGCCUCCCGCUGUGGAAGCAGGUAUCCAUCUCCGACGCGCUGCUCACCAACGAGAUUCUUGUCAUGAGGAGGAUAGUGGAGAACGUCGCGCCGCACCCGAACGUCAUCAGCCUGCACGAUGUGUACGAGGAUGCGCACGGCGUACACCUCGUCCUCGAGCUGUGCUCGGGUGGCGAGCUGUUUGACAGGAUCAUAGGGCGCGAGCGGUACUCGGAGUUUGAUGCGGCCGCUGUUGUUAGGCAGAUUGCUGGUGGGUUGAAGGCUCUUCACAAGGCCAACAUCAUACACAGGGACUUGAAGCCAGAGAACUGCCUCUUCUCGGACAGAAAAGAAGAUUCCACGCUGAAGAUUAUGGAUUUCGGUUUGAGUUCUGUAGAAGAUUUCAGUGACCCGGUUGUGGCGCUGUUUGGGUCGGUAGAUUAUGUUUCACCAGAGGCACUCUCGCGGCAAGAGGUUUCGACUGCAAGUGAUAUGUGGUCUGUUGGGGUGAUUCUGUAUAUUCUUUUGUCCGGGUGCCCACCAUUUCAUGCUGCAACCAAUCAAGAAAAGCAGCAAAGGAUCCUGCAAGGUGAAUUCAGUUUUCAGGAGCAUACAUGGAAAACAAUAACUUCAUCAGCCAAAGAUUUGAUUUCCAGUCUGCUUUCCGUUGAACCUUACAGAAGGCCCACUGCGAGUGAUCUUUUGAUGCAUCCUUGGGUGAUAGGAGACUGCGCCAAGCAAGAUCGCAUCGACGCAGAGGUUGUCUCGAAACUGCAGAGGUUCAAUGCUAGAAGGAAAUUGCGGGCAGCAGCAAUAGCCAGCGUCCUGAGCAGCAAAGUGGCAUUGAGGACAAAAAGGCUGAGGAGUCUUUUAGGAACCCAUGACCUUACCUCGGAAGAGCUAGAUAACCUGAGGCAACAUUUUGCACGGAUAUGCGCAGAUGGAGAGAACGCCACACUAACAGAAUUCGAGCAGGUGCUGAAAGCAAUGAAGAUGGACUCGCUGAUCCCUCUAGCUCCUCGUGUAUUUGAUUUGUUCGACAACAACCGUGACGGAACCGUGGACAUGAGGGAGAUCCUUUGCGGGCUCUCCAGCCUGAGGAACUCGCGGGGCGACGACGCUCUGCGGCUCUGCUUCCAGAUGUACGAUGCCGAUCGGUCGGGCUGCAUCAGCAAGGAAGAGCUGGCUUCGAUGCUCCGGGCGCUGCCUGAGGAGUGCCUCCCGGGGGACAUCGCGGAGCCGGGGAAGCUGGACGAGAUGUUCGACACGAUGGACGCCAACGGCGACGGCGAGGUCACCUUCGACGAGUUCAAGGCGGCGAUGCAGAAGGACAGCGCCCUGCAGGACGUCGUCCUCUCAUCCCUGCGACCCGGGGAGCACAUAUUCAUCUGGUCUGGUGCCUGA